AUGAAGCGAAUUUAUCUUGCAACGGGAAAAUCACCAACUGACUUUAGGUCUCGUAUUCGCAAUCUCAUGUUACUAGAUCUUCGAGUAAGGCUGGGAAAGAUUUUUCUGCGAGUUUGGCCGUGGCUGAAAAGGAUGCUGACACUAGCAACGACGAUUCUCCAUUUAGGGUAUAUAUUGAACCGAUCAGCAGUCCACUCUCCCUUCCUCCUGUUGGCCGGUGUUCGCCUUGAGAAGUUAACACAACAGGAUAUGGAUUUGUUUGAGAAGUCAGUUCGUUUUCUGAGUACCUGA